AAUUUUAAUGGCAUAAGCUUAAGCAUUAGCUGGAGAGAAUUAUGAAUUCAAAGCAGCUCCUGAAGUUGUUAAACCCAAAACUAAAUAUAGAUAAUAACCAUUAUAACAAUCAGAUGAUCAAAAAAAUAGGUUGGUAAAUUAUAAUUAUAUUAAGUUCAUUGUUGGGAUGCAAUAUUAUGUUUGAUAAAAGAGUUGUCAGAGGUAAUACAUAUGCAAGUGUUUAAACAUAAGGAGAUAAAAAAUUAAUGACACUCAAAUCAUUCAAAAAACCAUAACAAAAAGCAGUUACAUAUUAAAAUUAUCAUUCUAGGCAUAAUAACCAUAAACUACCUAUUUACAUCCUAGUACACCAAGACCUUUUUAAAACAGAGUUAAUAUAGAUAUUUAAACAGAUGAAUAUUUAGAAAUUUUAACAGAUAAACCUCCUGAAUAAGAAAUGGAUGCUUAAACUGAUUAUUAUAUUGAUAAACCACCUGAUAGAUUAUUUGUACCAAAAAAAAAUGGAAUUGAUAAAGUAUUAAUUAUUCAAAAUUAUAGGAAACUUAAAUUUGGGAAGGAGAUCUAUUUGAUUUUGAUUAAGAAGUAGAACCUAUCUUAUAAGUCUUAAUGAAUAAAAUAUUAGAACAAUCAAGAAUGGAAGUUUUAGAAGAAGAAGAAAUUAAAUUAAUGAAAGAAUAAUAGAAAUAACAUGAAAAAUAAAAGACUUCAGUUUUAUCAGAAAUGUAAAGAUUAGAAGCUGUUCAACAAAGAUUAGAUUAAGAAGAUGCUAGAAGAAAAUUAUAAUAUGAAACUUUCUUAAAAAUUAAAAAGCAAAGUCAUUAAAAAAUAGUGUGUAGAGAUUUAUCAAAAUCACUAAUCAAUCCUCUGAAAUUAAAUACUUUUAAGAAAUUAAAAGAUUUAGGUGUUUUUAGAGAUCCUUUAGAAAGUGCAUUAUUAUAUGAAUAUAUACCAUGGGUUUAUGAAAACGUUUUAAGUUAAUUAAUUGAUGAAAAUGAUAAUGGUUCAAAUUUUAAUAGUAAAUCAUUAAGUUUAUAAAGAUAUGUUAAAUAAUAUUGAAGAAAUUAUUACAAUUGAGCAUUCAAAUUCAUUAAAAAGAAGACAAUAAUAGAUUACUGAUAAAUAUGAAGAAAUAGCAAGAAAAAAAAGAGAGAAAGAAGAAAAUAAACGAUUGGAAGAAGAAAGACGACUUAAAGAAAUUGAAGAUUAAAGAUUGGCAGAAGAAGAAGCUGCUAGAUUGGCUGAAUAAGAAAAUUAAGAUUAAUUAUAAGACAAUUAAUAAUAAUUAUAAUCAUGA